UAACCCAUAUACAAUGUAUGUAGUUAGGUGUCAUUCGUGAUAAUUUAUGUAUUUACGUUGCAACGCUAUGGAAAAAUUUGUGAAUAAAGUUGCAGUAGUAACAGGAAGUAGUUCUGGAAUCGGAUCUGCAAUUAGUAAAGAGUUGGUAACAUAUGGAAUCAUCGUCGUUGGUGUGGCCAGAAGAAUUGAAAAUUUACAGAAACUUGCUGAUGAACUGAACGAACCUGGUAAACCUGUCAGAUUUUAUCCUGUAAAAUGUGACGUGACUGAGGAAAGUGAAAUUGAGAACUCAUUUAAAUGGAUUACUUCUGAACUCGGUCCCAUUGCCAUAUUGAUCAACUGUGCCGGAACAUCGCAACCAUUUUUACUCCGUGAUGUAACCGGGGAAAGUAUUUCUCAAAUAUUUGAUACAAAUGUAAAAGCAUCGAUUCUAUGUUCGAAAUUAGCUAUCGAAAGUAUGACGAAAAAUUGUAUCCAAGGUCAUGUCAUAAAUAUAAACAGCAUAGUAGGUCAUGUGAUAAGCGAUGGUCUGAAACUGCAUCAAAUUUAUACAGCCUCCAAACACGCUCUAAAAGUUUUCUCAGAAACAUUAAGACGUGAACUUUUCGAUCAAAAUUUGGAUAUCAAAGUAACGAACUUGAGUCCUGGAGCUGUGAUUACCGAAAUGACAAGAAUGUCUAUACCUUCUGUGGAAUCGCUACCCCCAACAAAAAUUAUGCAACCGAAGGAUAUUGCUGAUGCAUGUGUGUAUGUUUUGAGCACUCCUAAAAACGUAUUGCGUUUAAGUAGAUGUCUUUUGUAUUACAUAAAACAGAAUAUGGAAAGAUUUACGGAUAAAGUUGCUGUUGUGACCGGAAGCAGUUCCGGAAUGGGAUUAGCAAUUAGUACAGAGUUGGUAAAACAUGGAAUUAUUGUUGUUGGUGUGGCUAGAAGAAUAGAUAGACUAAAGGAACUUGCUGAAAAAUUAAACGUAGCUGGAAAAUCAGCCAGAUUUUAUCCUCUAAAAUGCGACAUCACCGUCGAAAAUGAAAUAGAAAAAUCAUUUCAAUGGAUCACAUCGCAGCUGGGCCCCAUUGCAAUAAUGAUAAAUAAUGCUGGAGUGCUGAAGCCAUCCCUUCUCAAAGACGUCACAGGAGAAAUGAUAUCUCAGAUAUUCGAUACGAAUGUCAAGGCGACAAUCUUAUGGGCGAAAUUAGCUGCUCAAAAUAUGACAAAUAAUUCCAUCGAAGGGCAUAUCAUCAACGUAAAUAGUAUUGCAGGCCAUAUGAUAUUAGGUUAUAAUCCGAAUUUGAUUCAAGUUUACACUGCUUCCAAACAUGCUCAAAAAGUGUUCUCUGAAGCAUUGCGGCGGGAGCUCGUAGGCCAGAAUUCGAAAAUCAAAAUAACAAGCUUGAGUCCUGGAGCAGUAAAAACUGAAAUGCUGAAUGAAUUUCAAACCACUGCGGUUUCAUUACCCCCCAAGAAAUUCAUACAACCGAAAGAUAUCGCUGAUGCGUGUGUGUAUGUUUUGAAUACUCCUCCUAACGUAUUGGUAUCAGAACUCACAAUAAUGCCCCUUCAUCAAGAGAUUUCAUGAAAUUCAUUACUAAAUUUGAGCGUUUGAGUACUUUAUUAUUUUGUAAAAUAAAAAACAAAUAUAAGUACCGGA